AUGAAAAAUACUGUCAUUCUUAUGCUCGCGGGCACAGCCCUCGCGAUGCCUGUCAACAAGACCCUCGAGGCCCGCAAGCCCUGUCUGUUCCUUGAUGGACUUCUCUCUGGCGAGGGCAGCGGCUCUGGAAGCGCUGAUUCUUCCGCCAGUGGUGGCCUCAGCGGUGGCCUUAGUGGUCUUGCUUCCAUCUUCGGUGGCGGCAGUGCCUCAGGAAGUGGCUCAGCAGACUCUUCUGGCGAGGCUUCUGGUGAUGCCUCUGGAGAGGCGUCCGCUUCGGGCUCAGGCUCUGGAUCUGCCAGUGGUGGUCUGAGUGGUGGUCUUAGUGGACUUGGUGCACUUGGACUGGGUGGUUUCGGCAGUGGAUCUUCAGGCCUAGGUGCUACUGGAACGGGCUCGCUCGGUGCUAGCGCAACUGGCGGUGCUUUGGGCUCAGGAAGUGCAUCAGGUGGAUCAGGCUCAGCAGGCGUCUCGGGCGGUGGUUCUGCUACUGGGGCUGGAAGUGCUGGCACAUCGGGCACCGGAUCCCUUGGUGCUAGCUCGACUGGCGGACUUUCUGGCGGUGCUUCGGGCUCAGGAAGUGCAUCAGGUGGAUCAGGGUCAGCAGGCGUCUCGGGCGGUGGUUCUGCUACUGGGACUGGAAGUGCUGGCGCAUCGGGCACCGGAUCCCUUGGUGCUAGCUCGACUGGCGGACUUUCUGGCGGUACUUCUGGCGAUACCGGAGCUAGCGCUACUGGCACUGGCGUUGCCUCUGGCGGUGCAUCCGAUACUGGCUCUUCUGGCGCGAGUUCUUCGAGCGCCCCCUCGACCUCUGACUCCACGGGCUCCGGUGAUUCCACCUCAGGCUCUUCUAGCUCUGGCAUUUCUGGCUCUGGCUCCGCUGGUGUUAGCGGUUCCGGAUCUGGUGAGGCUGGCACGAGCGUCUCUGGAAGCCUAGGUGGUAGCGCUGGUUCGGGUACUGGUACUGCACCAGAAACAUGGAGCACCAGCAUCAGCAUUUCUUUCCCCGGUGCUACCGGUUCGAUCAGUGGUUCGGCAUCCGCCCAGGCUGAGGCCUCUGCUCAAGCUGAAGCUUCGGCUGCUGCUAGUGCAAGUGCGAAUGCGUCUGCGAAUGCGAAUGCUUCAGCCGGUGCCUCGGCUGAUGCCUCCGCCAACGCCUCUGCCAAUGCGUCUGCGUAA